AUGCCUCUUCAAACGAGCAUAUAUGAGGUCCCCGAACAUUAUUUUAGCAUUGAAAAGGAAUCAGAUGGACGACCAUGGUUUCAUGACAUCUUGGAGUAUAUUAAGAAUCAAAGGUAUCCCGAGCAAGCAAACGAGAAUGACAAAAGAAUAAUCAGAAGAAUGGCGGCUGGUUUUGUUCUUGACGGGGAUAUCCUAUACAAAAGAGGAAAGGAUCAAAUACUCCUGAGAUGUGUGGACAAUGUUGAAGCCAGAAGAAUACUUGAAGAUGUCCACGAAGGAAUUUGUGGAACGCAUACCAAUGGGUUUACUAUGGCUAGGCAGAUUAUGAACUUAGUUAUUUUUAACUGA